UACUGAUAUCUCUGAAAGCUAGUUCGUUGGUAAUGGGGCGCCACAGCAGCAACGCCAGCAAAGCCGAUGCCGGCGGCGAGCAGCACCACAAGCACAUGGAGCAGCUCGCCCAGCUUGGCGCCGUCGCAGCCGGAACGUACGCGGUGCACGAGAAGCACAAGGCGAAGAAGGACCCCGAGAAUGCGCGGUCACACAGGAUCAAGGAGGAGAUCGCAGCCACGGUCGCUAUUGGCAGUGCCGGCUUCGCCUUCCACGAGCACCACAAGAAGAAAGACGUCAAGAAGCAUGGCCACCACCACUGA